AUAUUUCGCACCGUUUAUUUACAGUGGAGUGUUUAUUGUGACGUUUUUAUUGUUUUUUAAUCCGAGCAAGUUUGUGGCAGUGAUAGUGAUGUAAAUAGUGCAUAGAUGUUUAUGUGUGAAAGGUACCUGUUUUCCUCUUAGACAUACCUAGAAAAUCGUUUAUAGCACAAACUCUACGAAAAAGUGCAAAAGUGUAAUUCCAAAACACCAAGUGUACACGAAAAGCACAGAACAAAAUUUCUAGUGUGCUAAUUCAUUCUGUGCAUCAAUUGAAGUGUAGGAGUGUAGUGUGGUAGCAGAGUGCCUGCAAUAUGAACGAUACCUGAUACCAUACACUAGUGUGCUGCGUGAAGCGUUAUGUCUUCAGCGGUGAUGUGAACCAUGUUGAGCAGGUGCCUCUUCGCUUGUCACUUCAACUUGAGAACUUGGUGCGUCAGAUAUUGUAACUGCUUCGGCUGUUGCUACGAGGACAGUAGCGGCCAUGAGCAACUCAAAGAUGAACUCGCAGAGGUCGUGGCCGAUAUGGAGAACAUGGAUACAGCUGAUGACAGCAAAAACCACACACGCACGAAACAGAUGUCAAUUGGCCGUAAGAAGUUCAACAUGGAUCCCAAGAAAGGCAUUGAGUUCCUCGUUGAACAUGGAUUGCUGACAGGAACGUGCGAAGACGUGGCGGCUUUCCUGUACAAGGGAGAAGGCUUAAACAAGACGGCCAUCGGGGACUACCUGGGCGAACGCAACGACUUCAACGAGAAGGUGUUGAAAGCGUUUGUGGACUUGCACGACUUUACGGACCUCAUACUGGUGCAGGCACUUAGACAAUUCCUGUGGAGCUUCAGGUUACCAGGCGAAGCUCAGAAGAUUGACAGAAUGAUGGAGUGCUUUGCUCAGCGGUACUGCCAAUUGAACCCCAACAUAUUUACUAACACAGACACAUGCUAUGUGCUGUCAUUUGCCAUCAUCAUGCUCAAUACGAGUCUACACAAUCCAAGUGUCAAGGAAAAACCGACAGUUGAACAAUUCAUCAGCAUGAACAGAGGAAUCAACAACGGGGGCGAUCUACCGAGGGAACUGUUAGUCAGCUUAUACGAGAGUAUAAAAACUGAACCAUUCAAGAUCCCAGAGGAUGAUGGGAAUGACCUGAUGCACACAUUCUUCAAUCCAGAUAAAGAAGGCUGGCUUUGGAAACAAGGUGGACGCUACAAGAGUUGGAAGCGACGGUGGUUCAUUCUCAACGACAACUGUCUGUACUACUUUGAGUACACGACAGACAAGGAGCCUCGGGGGAUCAUCCCACUGGAGAACAUCCAGGUGAGAGAGGCCACAGAUCGGCACAAACCUUACUGUCUGGAGCUGUACGCGAUGGGGACGGACUUCAUCAAGGCGUGCAAGACUGACAGCGAGGGAAAAGUGGUGGAAGGAAAACACACGGUGUACAGAAUGUCUGCCGCGACGGCGGAAGAGAGGGACGAAUGGAUCAAGUGUGUUGGUCAAAGCAUCAGUCACAAUCCGUUCUACGACAUGUUGGCGGCAAGAAAGAAAAAAGCUCAGAAGAAUAGCUCGAACCAUCAUCACAAGAGCUAGAACUGAUCUACCAGUCAGUUAUUGAACUGAUCAAGCUCAUAAGAACAGCACAAACAUCACCAAAGCCAAAGUUUAGUCGCUGAACUAAUCAGUCGAGGGAGUUGUUCUGUGAGCUGGUCGGUCUCUGAAGCAGUGCCUUCACUCUAGUCCCGUCCACAUUCCACCACUGAUGUGUUAUUUUAGGCUUAAAAAGAAAAUAGCAACAAAGUUAAUAUUACAAAUUUUGUAUUUGUUAUGGUGUCCCUCAAGGCAGCUUUAUGGCUAUUGUCGUAAAUGAAUCAGCAUGGAUUAUUUUUUAAAUGUGUUAAUCGUUUCAUAUAAAUUAUAUUUUAGGUCAAUAAUUUUAACUGUGUAAAGAAUUAUGGUUCAACUACUAAAUAUUUGGUAUCCAAAAUUUUUUAACAACUUGUAUGACUUAUUGUCAUGUUUUUUUUAAGCCUAAAAUUUAAACCUGUAUAAAUUUGUUUUAGCUAGUCUUUUUUUGUUUUAUUAAAUGUAAACACUGUUCCAUGUAGGUAUUUUGUAAGCAUGUAUAUUGUAUUAUUUGUUUAUUGUGUUUAUCGAAUAUAUAUUCUGUUAUUUUUAACAACCUAUUGUACUUCUUUGUAAGUUUGUAAAAUUUGUUUUGCACUUUUAAAUGUUAGGAUUCCUCUAAGAUUUUGUAUUGUGUUAGAUCUUUAAAGUUUAAAUUUUGUUUGAUUUUGAGAGGGCGACAUACGCCCCAGUGAUAAAUGAAUAAGUAUUUCUUAAUUUCUUCCACAUAUUACAAAAAUUCAGAAUGGUAUAAAUUUGACUCAUUUAAUUCAGUUUGCGUUUUAACAGCACGCCUGGUUUGAUGGUUAGAACUCAAGCCUUCUGUUUGAGUGGACUGAGUUUUUGCUAACAAAUUAUUGCCCAACUGCUUUAAUCAAUGUGAUACCGGUAGGUAACUCAUCGACCAGUGGUUAGAGCCUUUCUUAAGCUUUAGGUCCCUCUAACUAGAAGAUGGAAGGAUCUCUAAGGCAAUAAACCUGUCUCCGUCUUGCAGACCUUCCACUCACAGCUAUGUGAAAAUUAUGCGAGAUUAUGGAGUUUGAAAGUAAUUGAUGACACUUGAAUUUUAUCAUAGCCUUCCAGUAGGCCUAUUGUGUUUAAAACUAAUUUUUUUUUCAAAAGAAAUCCCUGCUAAUAUUUUAUAGCACACACUAUUUUAAGCUAAUUCUCUGUUCAGUUUUGAAAAAGCACUGAAGGUAACUAUUUGAAAUUCAGAUAUGUGAUUUGUGUUAAGGAUUUUACUAUCACAGAGAAGUAAGGUAGAGAGGAAACUUGCUUAGACCCGUGAGCUUUCAGCUCUGGUACGUUGUGGGAGGAAAUAUAGUUGUGAGGAGCAAGGAAGAGGCCAUAGCACAGGGUACAGAGUCUUGCAUGUUCCCUCUCUACCUCACUUCUCAGUGAUACAACAAAACUAAUUACAACAGCAACGAUUUAUAAGUUUUAUAAGGUACAGGUCAUUCAUAAGAUCAUUAUCGCUAGUGCCAAAAGAAUUAACUAUCAGUAGCUUUAUAUUGGAGGUCAUCAGUUAUAAAUUGUGAAUUGUGUAGUAGCCUACUCAAGAAAGUUUACCCCUUGGUUAAAAAUUAUAUCAUUCAUAAGAUUGUUUUCAUUUUUGUUUUUAUGAUGAUUAUUCAAACCGGUAUUGGGACCAUGUAAUAUCUGAGAAUAAAGAUUAGAAUGGAAAAAGAUUUUAGCUUAAGUUAAAUUAUUGUUGCCAUCACUGGAUUUAAAUUCAAUUUUUACCUCUGUACUUUAAUGUGUAAAUAUAACUGUAUAGUUUGUAAUAUAUGACUGUUUAUAUAAAUUGUAUAUUGUAGCCUGCCAAAGUUAAUUCAUUAGUUUUUAUUGUGUAAAAAUAAAACAAAUUUACGUUUUA